CCGCUCUUUCCGCUCUUUUUUUAAUUUGCUAUAGUUGCCGUACUCCUAACGUCUCCUCAUUAUCCUCCGACGCCGGAAAAGGGAGAUCUGUCGAGAUGCCGAUGGACGGUUUACCAGGUUCAGGCCAGACUAUAUGCGUCACAGGUGCCGGAGGUUACAUCGCUUCGUGGCUCGUCAAGUUUCUACUAGAGCGAGGCUACACCGUUAAAGGAACGGUAAGGAACCCAGAUGAUCCGAAGAACUCUCAUUUGAAGGAACUCGAAGGUGCCAAAGAGAGAUUGAUCCUCUGCAAAGCCGAUCUUCUCGAUUACGAAAGCCUUCGUAACGCCAUCGAUGGAUGUCAGGGGGUCUUCCAUACUGCUUCCCCUGUCACUGAUGAUCCAGAAAAAAUGGUGGAACCGGCAGUGAAUGGGACCAAGUACAUAGUGAACGCGGCGAAAGAAGCCGGAGUGCGUCGAGUGGUGAUGACGUCAUCGAUCGGGGCGGUUCACAUGGACCCGAACCGAGAUCCGGAGAGGGUGGUAGACGAGUCUUGCUGGAGUGACCUGGACUUCUGCAAGAACACCAAUAACUGGUACUGUUACGGAAAGACGGUGGCAGAGCAGGCGGCGUCAGAGGAGGCGAAGGAGAAAGGGGUGGACCUGGUUGUGGUUAUCCCGGUUCUGGUUCUUGGUCCGUUGCUCCAGCCCACCAUUAACGCCAGCGUCAUUCAUGUACUCAAGUACCUGACUGGUUCGGCCAAGACCUACGUUAACUCGGUCCAAGCUUACGUCGACGUGAGGAACGUGGCACUGGCCCACAUUCUAGUCUACGAGUCGCCAGCGGCAGCCGGGCGGUAUCUCUGCGCCGAGAGUGUUCUCCACCGAGGAGAUGUCGUCGAGAUCCUUGCCAAGCUCUUCCCUGAGUACCCGGUCCCUACCAAGUGCUCUGAUGAGGUGAAGCCAAGGGCAAAACCGUACAAGUUUUCAAACCAGAAGCUAAAGGACCUAGGGCUUGAGUUCAUCCCAGUGAAGCAAACUAUGUACGAAACCGUCAAGAGCCUACAGGAGAAGGGACACCUCCACAUCCCUACACAGGCAAAUGAUCCCAUUCGUCUUCAAUCCUCAUGAUCUUCUUCUGCCUUCCUUG